AUAAAAUUCUACCGUGUGAUGCUGUCACUUGACCACCUGCCAAAAUCGCCACUGACAGCAGCUGUGCAGUUUUAAAACGUAAACAAAUCGCGGGGUGAAAGAUUUGCGCGCGCGGACUUAAGAUGGAUUUGCCGGAAGCUCUGGAUAUGGCCAGGGCGGCGAGCUUGUGUCGGGUUUGUCUAAAGGACGCCGGGGAGGACAUGGUUCCCGUGAGUUACGAAGUGGACGGGAUUUCGAUCGUGGAGUUGAUUGGUGCGUGCAGCGGUGUUGAGAUUACGGAAGACGAUGAGGACGCCUCACUUCCCACGAACUGUUGCGAACGCUGUGUGGAGGCCUUGUACGUUGCCCACAGCAUAGCGGAGCAGUGUCGGGAAUCGGACAGGAAGUUGCGUUCGUUGCUAGAUUCAGCCAAAGAUCGUAGGGCGGAAGAGGAGUCCGAGGACCUUUCUGAUUGUAGCCAAGACGAAUCGGAAGAAUCUGAACAUGAUUCGGGUGAGGAAAAUGCGCAAGAUGUAGAACUUGAAGAAAAUCUGCGAGGACAAGAGGGACCGGGUAAUUUAGAGGAACCGAAUACCACGUGUUGCGCCUGUCGGACCGAUUUUGAAAGUGAAGAAGCUUUGAGCGACCACAUAAAGCAAGUGCACGAGCCUGAACGUACAAACGACGCGAGUAAAAAGCCGUUUCAGUGCGAUACGUGCUUCCGGAGGUACUUUAAGAAAACCUCUCUGAAUCGGCACAAACGUUUGGGCAGUGUGGGAACGGCAAUACGAGUGGUGAAGCAGGAGGAACCUGUGGAUCAUCGAUGUUGUGGGUGUAGGAAGGAUUUUGGCACCGAGGAAGAACUGCGUCAGCAUUCGCUAUCUGUUCAUGGACCCAGCAGGACUAACGACGAAACAAGACCGUUUGAAUGCGAACUCUGUUUCAAGCGGUACUCGUGUAAGAACUCGUUGGGGAGGCAUUUUAAGGCAAGGUUACUCGAAAGCGUGCCACGAACGGUGCGGAAACUUGGUGCGAAUCAAUGUUGCGGAUGUAGGGUCAAAUUUGCGAAUAAGGAACAACUUGUGCAACAUUCGAAGCAGGUUCACGAACCAGAUCGGAGUGAUAUCCUAGGGGAGCUGAAGCCUUUCGAGUGUGAGAUUUGUUUUAGCAGAUAUUCGACUAGAGAGGCUUUCAAGCGUCAUAAAUCCGGAUUUCGGGCGGAACAACUGUACCGCUGUGAACAGUGUGAUAAAUCAUUCGUGAAACGAGUAAUGUUACGGAUUCAUGAACAAAAGUUUCAUGACGGUGUCCAAAACGAGGUCAUCGGAGCAUACCAAUGCACUAGAUGUGGCAAAACGUUCAUGCAUCCUAGUUCUUUAACCAAUCACGAAAAGUGGCACAAUCAGAGUCGAGAUUUCGAAUGUUCGAUAUGUCAGAAGAUGUUCCUUAGCAAGGGAAAUUUGCAAACGCACAUGAAACUGCACUCGGAACCGGCGCACCAGCGGAAAGCUCAGUACGAAUGUCCCAUUUGCCGAUGCAGCUUCAAAACCCCGAAUUAUCUACAGAUCCACGCGCGAGUUCAUACCGGUGAAAAGCCACACCGUUGCACGUAUUGCUCGAAGCAGUUUGCUCACAUGCCCGGUUUGAAGCGCCAUCUGUUGACGCAUACAGACGAGAAACAAUUCUCCUGCCGGUACUGUGCACGAGAGUUCUCGGCGCGUCCAAACUUACUAAUCCACGAGAAAAGCCACGGAACGGAGCGCGAAAAGUGUGACAUUUGCGGGAAGGAAUUUGUCCACGUGCGGUACUUGCGCAAGCACCGGAAGCGGCACUUUAAACAUUAAAACCUUAAAACGAGAAAAAAGUUACUUUUACUUGUAUUUCGA